AUGAAGGGACUUAGACAGCUGUGGGGAGCUGAUGCAACUUUGGUGGCCUCCAUCAACAUCCCAAUUGCAUAUGAUCAGAAAAUCUAUUUCUUCUCGGAAACAGCAAAGGAAUUCAACUACUUGGAGAAGGUGGUUGUUUCGAGGGUGGCGCGCAUUUGCAAGAAUGAUGCUGGAGGAGAAAAGUUGCUGCAGAAGAAAUGGACCACGUUUGUGAAAGCUUCGCUCUCCUGCACCCCAGAGGGGCAGUUACCUUACAGUGUCAUUCAGCACGCAUUUGCCCUUCCACAUCAUGGAGGCGGUGCAGUUCUCUACGCUGUCUUCACUCCUCAGUGGAAAGUGGGAGAUCUCUGGAACUCGGCAGUCUGUGCCUUCAGCCUUGCUGCUAUCAACCAAGUCUUUGAUGAAGGGAAAUUCAAAGAGCAAAGCGGCGUUUCCCAAUGGGUGCCUUAUGAGGGGGAGGUCCCAGACCCUCGCCCUGGCAGUUGUUCCAUUGCCCCCACUUCACACAACACUCACAGCUUCAUGAGACAGCACUAUGUGAUGGAUGAAAAAAUUCAGCCAAUUGAUAAUCGACCUCUACUGGUGCAGCCGAAUGUGAAAUAUACUCAGAUUACGGUACACGAAUUGCAUAACUCCUUGGGAAGGACCUACUAUGUGAUGUUUCUUGGGACAGACCAGGGCAUCAUUCACAAAGCAGUGGUCGUUGGCAACGAGGCAUACAUUGUUGAGGAGAUCCUGCUGUUUGUGAGGCCAGAGGCGAUCAGAAGUCUGCUGCUUUCUCCUGAAGAGGGAAUCCUGCAUGUUGGGCAUGCCAAAGGAGUCAUACAAAUAGCAAUGGCCAACUGUGGCAUUCACAAAAGCUGUACUGACUGUGUUGCAGUGCGAGAUCCAUACUGUGCCUGGGACGGACGCAGGUGCAAAGAAAUCAAAUCUCUAAUGCUGACAGAUUGA